AUGAGAGGUUCACUUUUAAAGAGAGCAUGUACUGUGCUUUUCACAUUGCUCACAUUCUUGUGUGAUUUUACAAAAUUGAUUGAGCAGGUGCUGUGGACAUUUUCUUUAUAUUUGGAAGCAGUCGCCAUACUUCCUCAGCUGGUGCUGUUGCAAAGGACUAGAAAUAUUGACAACUUAACAGGGCAAUAUGUUUUCCUCCUUGGUGCAUAUCGAGCAUUAUACAUAUUGAACUGGAUCUACCGCUACUUUACUGAGGAACACUAUGUCCAUUGGAUCACUUGGAUAGCAGGGACUAUCCAGACUUUGCUCUAUGGUGAUUUCUUCUACUAUUACUUCCAGAGCUGGAAGAACAAUGUAAGGCUCGAGCUGCCAGCUUGA